UCGGGAACCAGCUGAUUAGCCAAAAUCGUGUUAAAUUUUUAGUUUUCAGAAGUAAACUUACAUUUGUUAAAGAAAACGAGCUUUGCAGCAUGGCCCACUUGCGGGAAACCUCCGACAAGGCUUUGAAGCUGUUGAGAACGUUGCCGCGUGUGCAAAUUGGAAACUUGCGACCGAAUCCCAACUCCAAACAGAACGACAAGCGCGGCCGAGCGCAACAUGGCGGUGACAAACAUGGAGCUGGCAACAAGGGCUCCGGACAACGCCAGAAUUUCAUGCGUUUGGGCUAUGAGACGGGCAAUCAGCCCUUCUACAUGCGGUUUCCCUAUGAGCCAUAUUACAAGGGACACCACAUGAAGCGACAGUACCCACCCAUCUCCCUACUGCAGCUGCAGGUGCUGAUCGAUACGAACAGAAUAGAUGUCAGCCAGCCCGUGGAUAUAAGUACGUUGUGCAACUCUGGUUUGUUGAACUUGAAGCCAGCGGAAAUGGAAUAUGGCUUCCAGCUGACCGACGAAGGAUUGGACAACUUUAAGGCCAAGAUCAAUAUUGAGGUACAGCAUGCGAACGAGGCAGUAAUUGCAGCCAUCGAGCGCAACGGUGGCGUCAUUCGUACAGCCUACUACGAUCCGCGAAGCCUGCACAUGCUCUCCAAUGCCAAGAAGUGGUUCGAGAAGGGAGUGCCGAUACCCAAUCGUAUGAUGCCGCCUCAGGAUGCCUUGGACUACUACACAGAUGCGAAGAAUCGUGGGUAUUUGGCUAAUCCCGAGGAGAUAAGCAAGGAUCGGCUGGUGUUGGCACAGAAAUAUGGCUAUCAACUGCCCCGCAUUGAAGACGAUCCUUCCUUUGCUAUGCUCUCGGCCGCCAAGGAUCCGAGGCAAGUGUUCUAUGGCCUGGAACCCGGCUGGCUCAUCAAUGUGGUAGAUAAAACAAUAGUGAGGCGCAAGAAAUAGUUUCUCUGUUACUAUGCAUUUUGUUAAUAAAGAUUGAAGUUUAAAAA